CUACCACCAAGUACACUGCACCAUUACAGAACUGCUCACAACCGCCUUCCCUUCCGAGCUCUUCGUUUUUCCGAACCAGUUUCUCCAUUGAUUUUUGUUUUUAGCUCCGAACAAUGCCAACAGGAGAAGAUUAUAAGAUAAAGAAGAAGAACAAAUCGAUCAGGAAGAAAUUGCGGAGCGAGUCAUCGAAGGUUUCUAAUCGCAUCGCCGCCAUCAUCGCACAAAAAAAGCGUCGUCAGUCCGGCAAACGCAGAAUGUGUCAGGGAAUGUGUUUUAGCCUCCCUACUCCUGAGGAUCCUUUCUUAGACAAACCUACAAAUCUCGAUUCUAAGAAAAAGGACAAGACAAAGAAGACCAAGAAAGUGGAGCCAUCAAAGGGAGUUGAUAAUUUGUCAGAAAAAGGAAAUAAGAGAAAGGCUAAAGAAGAUGAUCAAUCAAAUGGAAAAAACCAGGAACAGAAAAGGGCAAGGGUGGAGAAAGAGUCAGAUAAAAAAAGCACCAAGAAACUUAGUAGCACCCGUAUUUCAAAAGAUGAAGGCUGCCCUUCAAAAUUCUUAAUCUCAUGUUUGAAAACAAUACAAGAUAUGAUGCAUCACAAUGAAGCAUUCGAACCAGGAAAGCCUCUGUUCUUUGACUCAUGGGGCUUUGAUUUUUGGAGAUGUUAUUCAAGUGGCAAACAUGUAUUGGAGACAAAUGGAAGUUGUACAGUGGAACAGGUUGCUUGGAUAGCAUCAACUGCUGUUGACACCAUUACAAAUAAGGAAAAAGAAGGCGUAUCUUUCACCACCCCUUACCUUUUAUUCCUUGUACCUUCACAACAGAAAGCAAUACAGGUACGUUCUGUAUGCAAGCCAUUAAAGGCAUUUGGAAUACAUACAGUCAGUCUACAUCCUGGUGCUUCCAUAGAUCAUCAAAUUCACGGAUUAAAAACUUGUGAGCCGGAGUUUCUUGUUUGCACACCGGAUAGACUUGUGGAGCUUGUUUCCAGGGAAGCCAUAGAUAUUUCUGGAGUUGGUUCUCUGAUUAUUGAUGGAUUGGGAUCUUCUACUGAAGGAGCUUACCUUGAGAGCAUCAAAUCUAUUCAAAAGCAUAUUUCUGUUGACCCACACACUGUGAUUGUCACGAGAGGAAUCCCUUAUCAACAAGAAAUAGCAAUGGAGAAUGAACCUGGGGUUUGUGUGUAUGAUUGAUUUGGAAGAUACAGAUGAGGCUGAUUUAAGCAGAGUUGGGGUGGUGAAUGGUGAUUAUAUUUAUAUUGGUGUUGAGAUGGUUGAGUAUAAAGAUAUUCUCACAAGAAUGUCUUGGGAUACUUUAAAAAGGAAAUUUAAUGUGAUUUUAAGGAGAGAAGAUGUAACAAUUGCAGGACAAUGAGUUUUAUUGUUCUCAAAAGUCAAAACUACUCAUUUUUUAUUCACAUAUGGGUAUCCUUUUUUUAUUUUUGACCUUGAAUUUUUUAUGAAUCCGAGUAUUGUAUUUGCUAAAAUGUAAAAGAAGGCAUUAGGCAGGUGAGACAAGCAAAAUCGUGACUGUUGUAUUUGUAGUUUUAUUGCUGAUUAGAACACUGGAAAGUGGUAAUAGUUGCUGUGUUCUGGUUAUGCACUUAUGCUUGAGCUUUUUUCAGGGCUAAUCACUAAAAUGCUCAAAAUGGGUGGUGGAUUCCUAUUACCAAAUAACUAUUUUUUCAACAUCCAUCUCAAAGUAGCCAGCC